AUGCGCGCUCUUCAUCUCCUGCCGCUGCUAUGCAGUCUCGUCGAGGCCAAGAUAGACCGGCAGAAAGUAGUCCAGGCCUUCAACCCCCGCCGUAACGCCAGCUCCCCCACGACACCGCUGCAGAUAGGCAACGGCAACUUCGCAUUCGGUGCCGACAUUACCGGCCUGCAGACCUUCAGCCCUUUUGCGACGAUGUCGACAUGGGGCUGGCACAACUUUAGCUUACCCACGACGCCAGGCCAGUCUUCGAUCGAAGACUACCACGGCACGGAAUGGUGGACCCACGGCCGCCUGGUCCAGUACAACAUGGCCAACCCGUCCAACAACGACAUCGCGGACUGGCUCCGCGAGAACCCCCAUCGCAUCAACCUCGGCACCAUCGGCUUCCUCUUCGGCGACGGCCAUGGUAACGUGACCGUCACGGAGGACAUGCUCGGCGACAGAGAGCAAAUACUUGACAUGUGGACCGGCGUCAUCCGCUCUAGCUUCACCUACAAUAGCCAAACCGUCGAGGUCGAGACCUGGGCCGACCCGGCCUCAGACACCGUCGCCGUGUCUGUUGACUCGAAGCUGCUCUCCUCUGGCGAGCUGUCUGUCUUCUUCGAUUUCCCCUAUCCGACAAACGACAAGUUCGGCGCGCCUUUCGUCGGCGCCUUUAACCAGACAGACAAGCACAACACAUCGCUGUCGACCUGUGGUGGCGGGGGAACCAGGCCAAGAUCCGCCAUGAUCUGA